AUGGCAUCCGAUUCAUCCUCUCCACCCUCCUCUCCCGAGGUCAAGAAAGACAAGACCUCCAAAAAGCGCAAGACCGACCUCACCGAAAUCGAAGUCGACGUCAACCUCCCCGAACCCCCCUCCAAAAAGGCCAAACGUCUUCUCAAAAAGGGCAAAUCCCUUCCGGCAAAGCCCAAAUCUGUCGACGAGGGCUCCAACUCUGACUCCGACACCCCCAAGACCGAUAAGACCAAAAAGGAAAAGAAAGAACGCUCCCCCUACGGCAUCUGGAUCGGCAACCUCCGCUUCACAGUCACAAAGCCAGAACUCAAACAGUGGUUCGUCGACAACUCGGGCGGCACCAUCACUUUGGACGACAUCACCCGCGUCCAUCUCCCCACCGCCAAACCCACCUCGGCCCCCGGCGCCGGUCCGAAAAACCCCACCGAAAACCGCGGCUUUGCCUACGUCGAUUUCGCCACCUUUGAAGCCAACGUCGCGGCCAUUGCCCUCUCAGAAACGGAAUGGUACCGCCGCAAAGUCCUCAUCAAAGACGCCAAGUCUUUCGAGGGCCGUCCAGAAAAGAAGGAAGAGCCCGCGCCUGUUGACCUCACGAAUGGGGCUAAGUCAUCUACCGCUGCUACCACCGCCACUCCAGCGAGCACAUCAACCAAGGUCUUUGUGGGGAAUCUAUCCUUCCAGGUAACGGAGGAUGAUCUGAGGGAACACUUCCACAAGUGUGGGCCGAUCAGAUGGGUGAAGGUGGCUACGUUUGAGGAUACGGGCAAGUGCAAGGGAUACGGGUGGGUGAAUUUUGAGACUGCGGACGCGGCGCAGUGGGCGGUAAAGGGGUUUGUCAAGGUCAAGGAGACGAUCGACACGGUGGAGGAUUUUAUGGAUGUGGAUGAGAAGGAGGAGGACAAGGCCGACGACGGCACGGAGAAGCAAGCGGAGGAAAAGGAUGGCAAUGAUGAGGAGAAAGAGGAGAAGCCAAAAAAGAAGGCUGUGCCAAAAGAGGAACCCAGAGUCAAGACGAGGAAAUGGUGGGUUAAUCAGCUGUUGGGCAGGACGCUCAAGAUUGAGCUGGCGGAGGACGACCAGACGAGAUACCAAAAGAGGUUCAGAGGGAAGGGCGCUGCCCAAAGGAGGGAGCAGAAUGGUGCUGGUGGUGAAGGUGUUGCAGAGGUCAAGGAGAAGAAGGUGUGGGUGCCGAUGAAGGAGAGGAGGAUGGAGGCCAAGGGGGCCAAGUUCCACCAGGAUAUCAACGUGGCUAGGCUUACUGGUGCGGUUGUUGCGCCGGCGGGCAAGAAGACCACUUUCGAGUAG